AUGAGAGACUUAUUAGAAACUGAAUGGAAUAUUUUGGACAAAAUCAUUUGCGUUACAACUGACAACGCUGCUAAUAUAAAAAAAGCUGUUAUUGAUUUUCUGCAUAAACGUCACCUCAGUUGUGCAGCUCAUACUUUGAACUUAGUUGUUCAAGAUACUAUUAAGGAAAAUGAAGUAUUAAUUAGAUUGGUUGAAAAGUGUCGAGUAAUAGUAGCCUAUUUCAGAAGAAGCAAUAAUGCUGCAUAUAAAUUAAAACAGGUUCAAGAACAAAUGCAGCUAGAACCCUUAACACUAAAACAAGAUGUCCAGACUAGAUGGAAUUCGGUUUAUUAUAUGCUCGAACGUCUCGACAAGGUCAAGAUACCUCUUUCUGCUACAAUCAUUUUAUUACCUGGCUGUCCAGAUAAUCUUAAUACUGAAGAAUGGAUAGAGGUGCACGAGUGCCUUUGCAUUUUGAAACCUGUGGAACAAAUGACGAGUAUUAUAUCUGGCGAGCAAUAUCCAACAUUAUCCUGCAUUAUGAUGCAGGCCACUAGUAAGCCGCGCCCAAGAGGUAUGCCUCUUGGGCGUGGCUUACUAGUGGCGCUAAGAAAUUGUAGUCCUAAAUCUGAAGUCGCUAGCAGGUUAAAAACAAAAUUAUUGGACGUGUUCGAUAGAAGAUUUGGCAGUCAUGAAAUUAACAAAACUGCUGCUAAAGCAACUUUCAUAGAUGCAAGAUUUAAGAAAGCUGGUUUUGGGAUCGAGCGAAAUGCAGAUAAUGCUCAAAAAUUUGUUGUUGACGAAUUGAUGAUGUUAGAAACAUUGGAAUCUCAAGCUCAAUUCCAGGUCCCAAAUAGAUCUCCACAGCCUACUUCACCUCUCGAAACACCUUCAACUUCAUCUUCAGAUUCUCAGCAGAUAACUUCUGGAGUGACUGGCGAGAAUUUAUGGGAGCAUCUAGAUAAAAGGGUAUUGGAAUUUUCUAGCAUGGAAAACCCUUCAACAUCAGCAAUUAUCAAGGUGAAACAGUAUGUAGAGCUACCGUAUUUGGAUAGAAAAGCCAAUCCACUUACAUUUUGGGAACUUCGCAAAGUCACCAACAACGCGUCCCUUCUAUUCAAGCCGGAAGCAACGAAGAGCAAGGACCUGAUCUGGCCUGAUUCUAGAUACAGUAACAAUGAGCCUUUCUAUUCUAUCGUAGAAAAGCAGGAAGUCACAACUUUGUCUUACUCUACAACAGAAACUAGGUCAGCGCCGGAGACAGUUAUAAUAGAAGACGCACAGGCCUCCCCGUUAUGGUCCAAUAUAUCUGCGGAUAGAGCCCCUAAUGCUCCCAUCAUCACAUUAAGAGCAGAGGAGGAUGUACCACAAUUGGCAGCAAAAGUCAAACCAUUGCUUUUCGAUUACAGCUCAGUUGGUUCUAAAGGAUUCAUUGACCACUGUAACCGAGUCCUAGUAUCAUCCCCCGCGACUAAUGCUGCAACUGUGUCCGCAAUCAAUUUGUACAGAUUAUGCAAUUUUGUAGCGCUGACUAUGCUCAGAUCGAUGACCAAGACAAACGCACAGUUAACCACCGGAUUUCUCAAAUCUCAAUAUCGCACUAACGUAGGGCAACUCAUAGGAGGGGAACUCUCAUCAGUUUUCAUACCACCUUGCACAAGGUGUCUCCGGCAAGUGUCAGCCUAUAUAGUGAAAACACGACGCCCAGUUUCCUCUUUCCUGGCACUCCUGGUAUACAGCAGUACAGAAGUAGACUUUUCCCACGACAUAAAGGCAAUUUUAGAUGCAACCGUUCUUACGCACACCUCUUGGAACGGAUUGGGAAUUUUAAACAUGAUUUUUACCAUCUGUAACUUCAAUAACGUCAGUUGGGUGGAAAUCUAUAACUAUACACUUUUCGAUAAAACCAUCACUACCUGGAAAAAGAUAAUUGAUUUCCUGGCAGAGUAUCAAAAGAAGGGAAAUCCUGACCAGACUGUACCCUGGGCUAGGGUCAUCGAUGACGUUUAUUUCACCAAGUUCGGACCCUAA